AUGAAGUUCACUAUUGCCGCAUCGCUCAUGGGAAUGGCCGCCGCCUUUGCCCCUCUUGACACUACCGUUACCAGAACCGAGACCUCGCUCAACUUGUGGGGAGAACCAACAGAAAAGGAUGGCGAAGGAGGCGAAAAGUCCAAGGCACUUCCAUUUGCCCCACGACCCAAGCUUCUUGACGGAACACUUGCAGGAGAUGUCGGAUUCGAUCCCUUUGGAUUCGCAGGUGCCGACAAGGAAAGUCUUAUUUACAUGCGUGAAGCCGAGGUUAAGCACUGUCGUCUUGCUAUGCUUGCUGCUGCCGGAUGGCCUAUUGCCGAAAUUUUUGACAAGCCCAUCGCCGAUGCCGCUGGUCUUCCGUCGCUUCUCACAAAGACUGGAGAAUCCCCAUCCCUUUUGAACGGUGGUUUGGACAAGAUCGACGUUGCCUACUGGGCCGCCGUCGUCUCUCUUGCCGGAAUUGUCGAAAUUGAGAGCGCCAAGAUGAAGGAAGAGAAGGGCAAGGCUUACAUUAUUGGAGACUGCAACUUCGACCCUCUUAAUCUCUUGCCAGAAGACAAGGCCGGACAAAUGACCAUGAUGACGAAAGAAAUCAAGCAUGGACGAAUUGCCAUGAUGGCCCUCCUUGGAUACGUCAUUCAAGAGGCAAUCUACGGAACCCCAGUUGUUCAACAAACUCCAUUCUUCUUCACCCCAGCUUUGUAA